AAUGCGAAGGACUCUGACCUCGAAGAACACCAGGCAGUGACUGCAAGGGGACCGUGACCACCGGGCAGUAACUCUCAAGGAGACUCUGAUCGAUGGAUAGUGACUGAUAGUGACUGACCGAAGGGAACAUGAAGCAGCAACUGCGAGGGCACCCUGAACAAGGCGCAGUCACUUUGAGGGAUUGACUUGGAGAAGAGGUUAAAAGAAGAUGGAUGCACAGAGUUCAGCCAAAGUCAAUUCAAGGAAGAGGAGGAAAGAGGCACCUGGACCUAAUGGGGCAACAGAGGAAGAUGGGAUACCUUCAAAAGUGCCGUGCUGUACAGUUGGCUUACGGCAGCCAGCUCCUUUUUCUGAUGAAAUUGAAGUCGACUUUAGUAAGCCCUAUGUCAGGGUAACUAUGGAAGAAGCCAGCAAAGGAACUCCUUGUGAGCGGCCUGUGAGAGUCUAUGCAGAUGGAAUAUUCGACUUAUUUCACUCUGGUCAUGCCCGGGCUCUGAUGCAAGCAAAGAACCUUUUCCCUAAUACAUACCUCAUUGUGGGAGUCUGCAGUGAUGAGCUAACACACAACUUUAAAGGCUUCACGGUGAUGAAUGAGAAUGAGCGCUAUGAUGCAGUGCAGCACUGUCGCUAUGUGGAUGAGGUAGUAAGGAAUGCCCCUUGGACCCUGACACCUGAGUUCCUGGCAGAACACCGGAUUGAUUUUGUAGCCCAUGAUGAUAUCCCUUAUUCUUCUGCUGGGAGUGAUGAUGUUUAUAAGCACAUUAAAGAAGCAGGCAUGUUUGCUCCAACACAGAGGACAGAAGGUAUCUCCACAUCAGACAUCAUCACCCGAAUUGUCCGAGACUAUGAUGUGUAUGCUCGACGGAACCUACAGAGGGGCUAUACAGCAAAGGAGCUCAACGUCAGCUUUAUCAAUGAGAAGAAAUACCACUUGCAGGAGCGUGUUGACAAAGUAAAGAAGAAAGUGAAAGAUGUGGAGGAAAAGUCAAAAGAAUUUGUUCAGAAGGUGGAGGAAAAAAGCAUUGACCUUAUCCAGAAAUGGGAGGAGAAGUCCCGAGAAUUCAUUGGAAGUUUCCUGGAAAUGUUUGGUCCGGAAGGAGCACUGAAACAUAUGCUGAAAGAGGGAAAAGGUCGGAUGCUACAGGCCAUCAGCCCAAAGCAGAGUCCGAGCAGCAGCCCUACUCGUGAACGGUCCCCCUCCCCCUCCUUCAGAUGGCCCUUCUCUGGCAAGACAUCCCCGUCUUCCUCCCCAGCAAAUCUCUCUAGGCACAAGGCUGCAGCCUAUGAUAUCAGUGAGGAUGAAGAAGACUAACUUUUCAUUCCUCCUUUCCUCUCCCCUCUGUCCCAUCACCUUCAGAAGCUCUCUCUUGAAUUCCACAUUGUGAUCCCAACACUAAACCUAAGGACAGCUACAAAGGAAAGACAUUUGGGGCAAGAGGAACUGGUAAUGAGGGAACCAAAAUAGCCCAUUUCCUAAGAGACAUCAAUCACCCACACCAAGGAGGAGGUUGACUACAUCUUAGAAGCCUGUUUUGCAUCCAUCUACUCUCCCCAAGGACUCUGUUUUACUGUUUAUGUUCAUGUGAUCUUGACAGGGAAAUUGUCAUUUUUAUUAAUUUUUUUAAAAAUUAGUCUUUCAAAUAUAGUAAGUAGAACUAAUUUUUUGCCCCUGAGGAGUGGGCAGAAGAAGGUAGUGGUGUAAUACCCAGAGGCCUUGUCUUCUUGAUACACUGUAGUGUCUGCCUCCUAUUCUGAAGCAAAGUGGCUUGCUAAAUCCUUCAAGCAGUGAGCCAUGCUGAUGGUCAGUUUGGGGGUUAGGAGGAAUAUUGUAAUUUUGGUUUCCUUACAAAAAAAGAGCAAAAAUUGAGCUAGUCACAAAAAUCCCCUAAAGGCACUGCUGGCACAUAUGUCAGCAUGGCUAAGGGAAGAAGGAGAUCUGAGCCUAACUUUUGUUACUCCCUGAGGAGUUUCUUGUUGGACCCAAUGGGGUCCAUGAAGACACUGAUGGGGAUGGAACCAGCCACGUUGUAUCAACUACAGUUUUUCUGCUGUUCAUCUUCUCAGAAAAUCUGUUGCCAAGUAAUUUGGGAGUUCUUGUCAGUUUCUUUCCUGCAACUUUCCUUUAAAGGCAGGAACUUUGAGGGUUACUGUGAUUAGAGAGAGGAAUGGGACAAAACUCAAUUCUGUAUAUCAGUUUAAAUUCAUUUCCUGCUGGGAGUAAAUUUCUGGCCUUGCUACUCCUUUUUCAAUUUUCAAUGCUGUUAGCUUUUUUUUUUUUUUUUUACAAAGGAUGCUUUGUAAAUGUCUGCAGUUUGAACUUGAUUUGUAAAUCCAUGUUGUUUACUCCAUGUCAAAUACUUAGAUUUGCACAGAACAUAGAGGCAAAAGGAAACACCUUCUUUUCUAAAGCAACAGCUUAAUCUUGAUCUCUGCCCCUCUUAAGAAUGUUCUUAACUAGAACCAAUACUCCAUGGAGUGUUUCUUUUUCUCUGAGGGCUGCAACUAGCAGGGACUUCUCUUCACCACUCCUCCAGAAAGCUGUCAGCAUGGAUUUGCUUUAUAAGAGGGUGGUUGGUUCUCAUCUUUCCCACCUGGGCCUGGUGGUUAUUGCCCCAUCUUUCCUGCUUGGAUGCUCAGUGGAAAUUCAGCACUUGAAUUUCAAAUAGAGAAUGCUGAUGUAUAACACUUGCUGUAAAACAUGAUCAAUUUUUUUUAAUCCCCUAGCAUCCUAUCUCUCUCCUCAACUACCUGACCUAGCAGACCAUCAAUCAUCAGUAAUCCUAGCUGGAUUAAGGGGAAGAUAUGUUUAUGUCCAGACCUCACCCCUGUCACUCAUAAAAUACCCCUUGUGGGGGUGGAGUUUUAGUGUUUUCAACAAAGAAAACCACAUUUUCUCUUUCUUGCCCUUCUGCUAGGACUGUGAGCAUCUCAUAGUCCCCUCUCUAAACCCUUUCUGGUGAAGACUGCUCUUCUGCCUGAGGGCCAGAGGCUAAGAUCAUUGCCUGCCUACACAGCAGGAACCUAGACAUAUAAAUUCAGAUCACCCAGACCUGUGGGACAUGGCAGAGGAGAGGGACAAAGAGAGGCCAACUCUUGUCCUGAUGGCCCAUGGAAACUACAUUUAUAACUCUUUUCAUGAAGUGCUAUUUUUUAUUAUCAAAUCUGAUUCACACAAGCCUUGACCUAGAAUCCUUUCUUUGAACAGUGAAGUUAAUGUUUUCCCACAUUUCGCAGCUUUGUAUGAUAUCAUAUUUUAACUUCUGCUUUGGUCUUCCCUCUGGGAAUUCCACCGUUUUUGCUCUGCCUUAUUCUCCCUGGUAUAGAAAGGUAGUGUGAAGGACUGUGAAGUCCCUGCUGACACCCACCUACUUGUUCUCUCAGUGUACAUGUUCCCCAAGUAUACAGGAAUGGAAGGGGAGAUAAAUGUCCAUGAUGAGAUUUUCCUUCCUGAAGUUCUCUCAGGAAUAUUGUCUAAACCCCAAAGCUUAAGUGAUCCUUGCUCUCAGUGGACUACAUUUGGCAUAGAAUAGGGCCUCUGGGCUGACAUGUCUGUGCCACUGCUAAGCCAGCUUGUGCAUAUGUUAGAAGGCUCCUUUGCCCCUUUACUACCUUAGUCUCCAGACACUAGCAUAUUCCAAUAAUUGGACUGAAAACAAAAACUUUUAAGAUGUGGCAUGUUAGAUACUUUGGGGUAACUGUAAUCCUAGGUGCUGGAGAAGGAUGCUGUUGGAAUGGUUCACUGUUGUGCAUUUGUUCCAGUUAAAUGAGGUUAUGCCUAUGAUCUGUAGUUCUUCAAAUAUGAAUGCUUGAGUCUGUGGAGCUAUUUCCCCAAAUUCCACACAAGAAAGCAGUAAGCCCUGAUGAACCAAAUGUGGCAAAGAUGAGACAGCCUCAAAAGAUGAUUGGCCUCAAAAGCUUGUCUACAAGAUAAAAGGAGGCUGAAGACAAGCUGAUGAUGAAGGAGGAGCCAUUUCAGCAGUUACAUUGAGGGUCUUGAACAGAAAGUUUGCUAUUUUCACAUGCUAAGCUUAGAAUAGAGGUGAAAACUAAAGGAACAUAAAUGGACAUUUGUACUGCUGCAGCUGCUUCUGAUAGCUAAAGCCAAUGACCCUUACUCUGCCGAGGCUUGAAUAAGAAGGUUGGGGAUGUAAGAAUUGAAAAUCCUGAAGUAGUAGUAGUUAAAAAAAAAAAAGAGAGAGAGAGAGAGAAAAGAAAAUAUGAGGGAGAUUGAGAAACUUUUUAAACUCUUUUUGAUUGCUGAUAAUUUAGGCAGCAUCUGAGUUACUUUACUUGUGGCCACACAGCUAUUCAGGCACUCCCUAGGAUGACCCUCUACAGUGGUUCCCCCAGGACUUUGUUUCUGGGUUAUCUUCACUUGUUGGGUAAAUUACUUUCUGGAGUUCAUUGCCUUUUUAAUCCUGUUUUACAUCUCUUACCUAAAAUCUUUCCAAAUUUUUUGCUGCUUUUCUUUAAUUCUCUAAAAGCCAUACCCUCCAGAUUUUUUGCUCGCAUAUACUUACCAAAAUUUGAACCAGUGGGGUUGGGGUUGUGGCUCAGUGGUAGAGCACUUGUCUACCAUGUGUAAGGCACUGGGUUAGAUUCUCAGAACCACAUAUAAACAAAUAAAUAAAGGUCCAUCAAUAACUAAUAAAAAUAUUUUUUAAAAAGUUGAGCCAAUACAGAUUUAAAACAAACAAACAAACAAUAAAACCUCCCUUAACAGUGUUUUAAAAAUGAAUGGUAUUUUUUUUAAGCUUACCAAUAUGAGUAUUUUUAAAGGUUAUAUUUUUCACAGUCAUAAUAACUGUUCUGUUUUCUCUCAUAGAUUGUCAAGGGAUAAAAAGUAGUCCCUAGCUUCUAUUUUUCCAAAUAAAUAGAAUGUGUUCUUGGGAUUAUACUCUUUGUUAAUUUUCUUAAAAGAUUUUUCUAUCUGCCAAAGUUUUAUGUUAGUAUUCAGAUUAGGGUAGAAAGAAAAGCUCCAGGUUUAACAUUAAGAUGACUCAGAUUGUGUCCCUUUACAUUUGAAGUGGGCCUUCUACCCUCUUUUGGGAGGCGCUGACAAUUUUGAACACUGAGAAUUGAUUGGUUGGAAGUUUUGUGUUAAGAAUCCUCAAAAAAAAUCUUGGAAAGAACUAUCAGUCUUGGCAUGAAUAUCCACGCCAUUACCAUUGUGAGUCUGCAGAGAGGUUUUCCUCAGUCGGGGUUCAGUAUAUCAUCUUCUUGUCUAUUAUUAACUUGUUCAGUUAUUUUGGCUUUUGUCAUAUAGCCAAAUAAAGACAAUGUGGUUUUACA